AUGUCCCACAGGAAGUUCGAGGCUCCCCGUCACGGGUCAUUGGCAUUCUUGCCGCGAAAGCGCGCCGCCCGUCACAGGGGUAAGGUCAAGAGCUUCCCCAAGGAUGACCCGAAGAAGCCCGUCCACCUCACCGCGACCAUGGGCUACAAGGCCGGUAUGAGCACCAUUGUCCGCGAUCUCGAUCGUCCUGGAGCCAAGUUGCACAAGAAGGAGAUUGUCGAGGCUGUCACCGUUGUCGAGACUCCUCCGAUGAUCGCUGUCGGUCUUGUCGGCUACAUCGAGACUCCCCGUGGUCUCCGCUCGCUCACCACAGUCUGGGCUGAGCACUUGAGCGACGAGGUCAAGCGUCGCUUCUACAAGAACUGGUACAAGAGCAAGAAGAAGGCUUUCACCAAGUACGCCAAGAAGCACUCUGAGAACAGCGGCCAGUCAAUCACCCGCGAGCUCGAGCGUAUCAAGAAGUACUGCCAGGUCGUCCGUAUCCUCGCUCACACCCAGAUCUCCAUGACUCCUCUCAAGCAGAAGAAGGCCCACUUGAUGGAGAUCCAGGUCAACGGUGGUUCCAUCGCCGACAAGGUCCAGUUCGGUCACGGUCUCUUCGAGAAGCCCAUCGAGAUCACCUCCAUCUUCGAGGAUAACGAGAUGAUCGAUGUCAUCGCCGUCACCAAGGGUCACGGUUACAACGGUGUCACCUCCCGAUGGGGCACCAAGAAGCUUCCGCGCAAGACGCACAAGGGUCUCCGCAAGGUCGCCUGUAUCGGUGCCUGGCAUCCGUCCCACGUCCAGUGGACUGUUGCCCGUGCUGGUCAAAUGGGUUACCACCACCGAACCUCCGUCAACCACAAGAUUUACCGCAUCGGAAAGGGUACCGACGAGGGCAACGCAUCCACCGACUUCGAUGUCUCCAAGAAGCAGAUCACUCCUCUUGGUGGCUUCGUCCGCUACGGUGAGGUUAAGAACGACUUCGUUCUGCUCAAGGGUGCCAUUCCUGGUGUGAAGAAGAGGGUUGUUACUCUCCGCAAGUCUAUGUUCGUGCACACCAGCAGGAGGGCGCUGGAGAAGGUCGAGCUCAAGUGGAUCGACACCUCGUCCAAGUUCGGUCACGGUGUCUACCAGACGGCGGCAGAGAAGAAGACGGCUGUCGGUACGCUCAAGAAGGACCUCACUGCCGCCUCAUAG